AUGCUGUCUUCUGCCAGAAUAGCAGCUCGCCCGGCCGUGCGCCGCGUCGCCGCCUUCAACAUGGCUUUGCGCCCAGCUUCCACCUGGGCCAAUGUCCAGCAGGGUCCUCCUACCGCAGGAUCCGCCCUCGCCCAAUAUCAGGCCAUUCUGGGUGUCACUGAGGCCUUCAAGGCCGACAGCUUCCCCAAGAAGAUCAACCUUGGUGUCGGUGCCUACCGCGACGACCAGGGCAAGCCCUACGUCCUGCCCUCCGUCCUCAAGGCCGAGAAGAGGGUCGUCGACGCCAAGAUGAACCACGAGUACGCCGGCAUCACCGGCGUGCCCGAGUUCACCAAGGCCGCCGCCGAGCUGGCCUACGGCAAGGGCAGCCCCGCGCUCGAGAACCUCGUCAUCACGCAGUCCAUCUCGGGCACAGGCGCCCUGCGCAUCGGCGCCGCCUUCCUCGAGCGCUUCUACCCGGGCAACAAGACCAUCUACAUCCCCACGCCGUCGUGGGCCAACCACAAGGCCGUCUUCGACGACGCCGGCCUGCAGGUCCAGAACUACCGCUACUACAACAAGGACACCAUCGGCCUCGACUUUGAGGGCAUGGUCGCCGACAUCAAGGCCGCGCCCAAGGGCAGCAUCUUCCUCUUCCACGCCUGCGCCCACAACCCCACCGGCGUCGACCCCACCGAGCAGCAGUGGCGCGAGAUCGAGCAGGCCGUCAAGGCCCAGGGCCACUUUGCCUUCUUCGACAUGGCCUACCAGGGCUUCGCCAGCGGCGACACCAACAAGGACGCCUUUGCCGUCCGCCACUUUGUCGAGAACGGCCACCAGAUCUGCCUGGCCCAGUCCUUUGCCAAGAACAUGGGUCUCUACGGCGAGCGCAUCGGCGCCUUCUCCCUCGUCACCGAGUCGGCCGAGGAGAAGAAGCGCGUCGACAGCCAGGUCAAGAUCCUCGUGCGCCCCAUGUACUCGAACCCGCCCAUCCACGGCGCCCGCCUCGCCUCGACCAUCCUCAACGACCCGGAGCUGUACGAGGAGUGGCUCGGCGAGGUCAAGGGCAUGGCCGACCGCAUCAUCCGCAUGCGCGCCCUGCUGCGCGAGAACCUCGAGAAGCUCGGCUCCAAGCACGACUGGUCCCACAUCACCUCCCAGAUCGGCAUGUUCGCCUACACCGGCCUGAGCCCCGAGCAGAUGGACGCCCUGGCCAAGGAGCACUCCGUCUACGCCACCCGCAACGGCCGCAUCUCGGUCGCCGGCAUCACCAGCGAGAACGUCGGCCGCCUGGCCGAGUCCAUCUUCAAGGUCAAGGGUUAA